GAUAACUCCUCUCUUCCCUCUUGGGAGAGAGAGCAAAGGAGAGAGAGGCAUCAUCGAAUCGAUUCAUCGUCUCUCUCUUUACAAAACCCUAAAAAACCACAUCGAUUUCCACCACUAGGGCGAACGCAAAAUCUCACCUUUUCGAGAUGGCGAGUACAGGAACCGAAGCUGCCACGUCAUCAACCACCGCGAAGAGAAAACCUGUGUUUGUGAAAGUCGAGCAGCUGAAGCCUGGAACGACCGGUCACACAUUGACCGUUAAGGUCGUUGACUCCAAUCCGGUGGCUCCGGUGGCCCGGAAGCCGCGUCAGGGGAGUUCUAUGGGUCGUCCUUCUCAGCCGAAUCGAAUCGCUGAGUGUCUAAUCGGAGACGAAACCGGGUGUAUCCUCUUCACUGCUCGUAACGAUCAAGUUGAUGUUAUGAAGCCAGGGGAGACGGUGAUAAUCCGCAAUUCGAGGAUAGACAUGUUCAAGGGUACAAUGAGGCUUGGGGUUGAUAAAUGGGGACGCAUUGAAGCUACAGAACCAGCAUCUUUCACUGUCAAAGAGGAUAACAAUCUGUCUCUUGUCGAAUACGAACUGAUUAACGUUACUGAUCAGUGAUGUUGGUAGUGUGUUUAUGGGUUAGUGUUUGGUUCUGAUUCUUCUACUGGGAAAGGUUCUUUGAUUUAGAUGAUGAGACUUUGUAUGACUGGUUCAGAGAUGCUUUUGCUUUGUAGGAAUGGUUUCUCUAUUUACCCUAAAACAUAAAUGUCAGAAUCUCGUUUUGGAGAAUUAUUGAGUCCAUGGCAAUGUGAUGGUUCUCUUUAAUGUGUUGAUGUUAUGUUCAAGACCAUUGAGAGCUUUUUAAUGCUCACUAAU